AUGUCCCGCCACUCUUUCCUCAUUACCGGAGCUUCAUCCGGCCUCGGUCUCGAGAUUGCCCUCGAGGCCCUCAAGCAAGGCCACGUGGUCGCUGCUGGUGCUCGCAAUCCCGCCGAGGCCGCCAAGCAGCAUCCUCAAGUGCAGGAAUUAGGGGGCAAAUGGGUCGAGCUUGAUGUAACCCGCGCCGACACCAAGGAGUCGGUAGCCAGGAUAGUCAAGGACGCCGGGGUUGAUGUGUUGAUCAACUGUGCCGGAUACGGCAUUCUCGGCAGUCUUGAAAACACAGAUGAGGACGAGUUCAUUGCUCAGGUAGAUACCAAUGCCUUUGGCACCAUGCGCUGCAUCAAGGGAGCAUUGCCACACUUCCGCUCCCUUGCGGAAAACGGCGGAGCCACUAUUGUCAAUAUAGGCAGCCUCGUCUGCUACGGACACUUUCCUGCAUGCUCUGCUUACGGCGCCUCCAAGGCAGCUGUCGAGGCCCUAAGCGAGACCUUGGCCCUCGAGGUUGGUCCAGCAAAGGUUCGCGUGGUCCUGAUUGAUCUAGGCAUCUUUAGAACCCGGUUCCUGCAUGCAGCCGUCAAGCCAAAGAGCGGCCUAGACGAGGCAUACGUCGGCGGGUCCGUCGAUAGCACCGUCUCAUUCCUGGACGGCAUUGCUGGUAAGCAGCCUGGAGACCCAGCCCUUGCCGCUAAGAGAAUUGUUGAAACCGUCGACGGCACUGGCAUGGCCAAGGAUCUUGCAGCCCAGGGCUAUGGCAAGCUUUUGAGGGUGCCCUUGGGAAGCGAUGCCUUUGAUGCUCUCAAGGGCAAGGAGGCUAGCUUGGCUGAGAUCCGGGCGCUAGAGACACUGGCACGAAGCACAGACUUUGCCAACUAG